AUGCGCUCCAAGACAUCCAUGUUCAAUGCACACACAUUGGAGCAGCAUAGUGCGGCAUGCAAUGGCUCAGGCCAGGCUGAUUUACCAUUCACGUGGAGAAACACAUGAAUAGGACUAGAAUCAUCAGGAAAAGGUGUGGAAAGUCUAGGAAAGGAGCCAAGGCCAAAAGCUUUUGCUGUUAGCUCCAUUCCUAUGUUCAUUAGGCUCCAUCCUAAGCCACCAGGUGCUGCCCUCUGACUAGAGGUAGGGGACGAAUUGCAUUCAGUUCACGUUUAAAGGAGAACUUUCCCAAUUUGCACUUUCUGAAGCUACAGUCAUACCUCAUGUUACAUUUGCUUCAGGUUGAGCGUUUUCAGGUUGUGUCCCGCGGUGACCCGGAAGUACUGGAAAGGGUUACUUCUGGGUUUUGCCACUUGCGCAUGCACAGACGUGCAAAAUGACGCCACACGCAUGUGCAGAAGUGGCGAAUCAUGACCUGCAGACGUGGGUUGUGUUCUGCUCAUGUUGCGAACGGGCCUCCGGAACAGAUCCCAUUCGCAACCAGAGGUACCACUGUAUAUGCAAACUGAAACACAGCCGUUCCACUGAAAUUUGCACUUCUCUGAAUUUUGUAAUGUGGUUCUCUAGCCAAGCAGUGUGUGCCAAAACUGCAUAUGCUGAGCUAAGGUGUUCAUAAAAAUGCAUGUAUCAUUGAAAAUAAGACAAAAUUUAUUAUAUUGGGGAAAUGGCUUUGUAAAAUUGCAUACAAGAUGCACACAAAAGCUAAAAUUGCAUACAAAAAUGUAUAUGAGGAUAAAUUUCCACUAAAAUACUGAUACAUUUUCAUGAGGACUUCUUUCUUUCCUUCUUUCUUUUAAAAAAGGUAAACUGAUGUGGAAAUAUGGAGAAUGGAACUUAAAUGAGAAACUUGAAAGAAAAUGGAACUGACAGAUUCGCCCAAUCCUACCUCUGACCCAGUCGGUGCCAUCCCUUCCUUUCACCAUGCUCUACUAGGCUUCAUCUUCUGAUGUAUCCUCCAUCUACCCCUUGGGCUCUACUCCCUGAAUCUCCAGGCCUAAGGUUCCUGAAAGGGGCAAUGGUGGGAAGGGAUGUACUCAGGGUGAGAGUUCCGGGCAUAAGGAGCGACAAGAGGAAAUGAGUGCAGUUCCUAGACAAGACCUUUGAAUAGCUCUACUGUGAUAGGACUUGGAAGCGUGAAGAUCAUUAUCAGGAUAUGUGAGUGGAAAAAAGAAGGGGAGUGGCAUAGGGGAGGCUUUUAAAGGAUGCACCAGGAGUUUGUUCUGUAUGAGCUCCUCUGCAUUACUGCGAAUGUUCCCUUCUACUCUUGAAUGUUCCCUAAUUAGUCAUUUGAGGGGGGAAACUUGAAGAAGGAAAAGCACAAAGUGAGAGCUAUGCAUAAUUUACAAAACUGAACGCUUCCUUUUAGGUUAAUGGCAUUGCAGCUCGUUUCUCCCUCCCCCUAAGCCUCUGGCAAGAACCUUCCGCCUUCCUCAUUUUUAUCACUUCAUUUGGAGUUGUGUCCCUCCCAUCACCUUCCAAAAAACUGGGGAGACUCUCUUUUCCUUAUGGCACUACAAAGUACCUUUUACUAAUAUACCAUCUUCUCUUUCUCUGUCUCUCUUUGCUACUUUGCGCAGACCAGGUUAAAAGUCUGGUUUUUGCAGAUGCCCUGAAGAAUGUUGUUGAAGUGCCUUCCUAGAAACCAGCACGAAUCAAGGAUGUGAAGAUAUUGGGGGGGGGGGGGAGACUUUGGGGAGGGAAGGAGAGCCUUCCUCAAAAGGUUUUUAAAAUAACAAUUUGCAUCCUCAAGUAAUUCCCAACUCUCCCUGGCAACCAUUCAUUUCUUCCAACCGGCAGAAAUCUGCAAUAUGAGAGUGGAUUGGCUUCUUUUUCCCAUGGGGCCAUGUAUCUCUUCAUCCGCCGCCUAGGGUAAAAAGCAAUGCAUACGUUUACAAUAUAAAUGUGAUUUAAUCGACCUCCCUGUCAGCAAGAAAUGGCAAGCAUAUCAAACAAGACCAAGAUGUUAGGAGAGGGAAAAUGGGAGGGGGGAAUCAUAAAUUAUUGCUGUGAUGAGUUUCUGAGCUGGGGGUUUUUUUUGUGGGUGGGUGGGGGAGACUACUGGAUGAUUUUGUGUAAGGCUUUUCCCCGAAACAAUAAUUAAGAUAAUUCUGUAUGACAAGGAGAAAAAUGUUCAGCUUUGUAUGAAAUGUGCUUUAUGUUUAGCAAGCUGAAAGCUCUCUGUAUUGAUUAGAAUUCCCCACAGCCCAGCAAUGCAAAGCUAAAAUUAAUUGAACUGCGGUCCAUCUCUUUUCCCCGAAUCCUUAUUUACUGGAUCCUGUGUGUGUAUCUUGAGCUGAAAAUUGAUAGGUUCCUUUGUGGCGAGUGUGCGUGUCUGUGUUUGUGUACACCAAAGCUGUCAGAAGCAUGUUCAAGGCCGGCCCUAUCAAUAAGCAGCACAAGGAAGCCCGCCUCAGGCGAGGGAUUUGGGGGUACUAUUAAAAGGCAGCAAAUAGUCAAUUAUUUGGUUUGUUGUUAUAUUUUCACCACCAGGGGAAGACCAUUCAGAUUUCUUUCCGCCUUCUUCUUUUGCCUUGGGCACCAAUAUGUUUCUGGCCAUCUCUAAGAAC